UUGUAUUUAGGACAGGGAGAAUGUGGUGCCAACGAUCGAGUUCUGUUAAAGGAUGUUAAUACAAUAACUUUGCGUGAUGGUCAAUAUACAACGGGCCGCCGUGAAGCGCCCGUCCCUCAGUUAAAAUGUGUUGGCGGUAGUGCUAAGGGAGAGUAUAGACCGCGCACGGUACAAUGUAUGAGGCAAGGUUUCGAUGGAGUUGAUUACCAAUGGAAAUGUGUUGCGGAUAUGCCUAAUGAGUUUGAAUUUGGU